AGGCACUGAUAUGCAGCCUUGCUAGUAAGAAAGAUCUGAGGGAAGACUGCAAAUUUUAGUGGAAGUAAAAUUUUGGGGGGAAAAUCCCCAGGCAAUAAUAGGAUAUUUGAAAGGAACUAUUUAUUCUCCACAAAAUUCUCCAGAGUUGGUAGACUCAGAAGCAAACAAAAAUACCCAAAGAAAAACUGUCACUUGAGCAACCUAACCUGGUUUUUGAACACCGCACUCUUUCGUAUCGUAUCGGUGGGACUGGCAAUAGAUUUAAGUCAUCUGAUAUGCAAGCUUAUUUGCUCUGCCGUAGCUAAUUUCUAAUGAACAGCAGCCAACACCAAUGUUGAAGUCGGGUGACAUCAGCAUUCAGUAUCUGAGGUGUCACUCCGCACUCCUUCCCCCCCCUUUUUUUUUUUGAAGAUCGGCAAAAGAAUGUAUAGGGACCUCCCUCACCUGAGAGGCACAGAGCUGGGAGUGGAAAUUCGAGAUCCAGCUAGAAGCCAGAAACAGCCCCCGAGCCGUUCUUCCUGGCACUUUCUGUCGGUGGCAUUGUGCGCCUCAUCUCCGAGUCUCGGCGUGCCAGCUCUCUCCUAGGCCUCAGUCCAUUUGUCUGCUGUUAAACGCUUUCCCAUCUGAUUUUGCCUCCACGCUGGAUUUCUCCUGGACCUUGAAAGCAGUGAAUAGUUUUGAAGGCAAAUGACCAAGGGGGAGCAGAAUGCAAUUUGAGGAGCCCUUUGCCUGGGGUUUCUGAGUCCUGAAAGCCUCUCCUCGGUGCUGGUGAUCCUUAGUUGCAUCUGUGCCCUCAGGCAGUAGAGCCUUGGUAGGCAUAAGAGGCUGCCUUGCUCUCCUUGACUCUGGCUCAGCCUCGGAUUGCUUUUACUCCUCCUUCCUGAGCUGACUUUCCUCCUCACCUGCUGUUCCUCCUCUCUUCCUCAGGUGGCAUGGCUCUUCUGCGAAAAUGUGCCCCUGGUUAACAAAAGCCAUCUCCCCUGCCAUCCCAGUGUACAAUGGGCUCGUGUUCCUGUUCGUGCUUGCAAACUUCAGCAUGGCGACUUUCAUGGACCCUGGAGUUUUCCCACGAGCAGAUGAAGACGAAGAUAAAGAUGAUGACUUCCGAGCUCCACUCUACAAGAAUGUGGAGAUUAAGGGAAUCCAAGUACGGAUGAAAUGGUGUGCCACCUGCCACUUCUAUCGUCCCCCACGCUGCUCUCAUUGCAGUGUCUGUGACAACUGUGUUGAGGAUUUUGACCAUCACUGCCCAUGGGUCAACAAUUGCAUAGGACGGAGGAACUACCGCUAUUUUUUUCUCUUCUUGCUAUCCUUAAGUACGCACAUGGUUGGAGUAUUCACCUUUGGGCUGAUCUUUGUAUUAAACCAUAUGGAAAAGCUGGGGGCAGCUCAUACCACCAUUACAAUGGCUGUCAUGUGUGUGGCUGGGUUAUUCUUUAUCCCAGUCAUUGGUCUCACUGGUUUCCACAUUGUCCUAGUGGCUCGAGGGCGCACAACCAAUGAACAGGUGACAGGUAAAUUCCGGGGGGGAGUGAACCCCUUCACUCGCGGAUGCUGCGGAAACGUGGAGCACGUGCUCUGCAGCCCCCUGGCCCCCAGGUACAUAGUUGAGCCCAAGAAGAAGCAAGCUGUGAGCGUGAAGCCUCCUUUCCUCCGACCAGACCUAUCUGAGCGGCAGAUCACGGUGAAGAUCAGUGACAACGGGAUCCAAGCCAACCUCAACCGCAGCAAGUCUAAAAUUAGCCUGGAGGGUCUGGAGGAUAAAAGUAUGGACGUGCAGCCGCCUCUCCCACCUAAAGGAGAUCCAAGCAAGUACUCUGAGCUAACAGGGCAGCUGGGGGCCAGUGAAGAAGGUGGCCUUUCACCUAAACUGAUCAGCCCUCCUACGCCUGCCAUGUACAAGUACCGACCGGCUUUCAGCAACAAUCCCAAAGUCCACUAUCAUGCUGCGCCUGAGCAGAUCUCCAUGCAGGAGGGACACAGCCAAGGAGCUCUGAUAGAAGAGGAUGGCAGGAGCCUUGAUUACCAGUCAGAACCCAGCCUGGACAUCCCCAGCUACCGGAAGAGCUCCCUCCACAAAACCUAUCAGUCUUCCCCGCUCCAGAUAGAUUCCUUUGCCAUCAGUUCCCGAUCUCUGAGCCUCAAAUCUGCUGGCAGGAGAGGGACAGACAAAGUGCCGCUUCAUCCAAUGAAGUCUGAAGGGGCAGCUUCCACCCCUUACAAAAGCAUCUUUUCCCCCAAUUCCCUGUCGAACAGAAAUGGGAGCCUGUCUUAUGACAGCUUGCUAAACCCCAUGUCGCCCUCGGGGAGGAAAUGCAUUGCCCACUCUGCGGUUGGCUCAGUCGGGUACCACUCACCGUAUUUAUCCGCCAAAAUGUGCCACCUGCGGGGGAGUGAGCUGCAACGCCAGCCACCACAGAGCUUCAGCCCGGUGCUGGGGGGCCCAGCUCCACAUCAGCGAGACCCCUCUCCAGUCCGCUAUGACAACCUUUCAAAAACCAUUAUGGCAUCCAUCCAGGAGAGGAAGGAGAUGGAAGAGAGGGAGAAGCUCCUCCACUCUCACCCCGAUUCAGUGUUUGCAGACUCAGGUGUCUAUGACACCCCUAGCUCUUACAGCCUUCAGCAAGUCAGCACACUCUCUGAAGACCCCCGCAGUAUGGCGAUGAGAUACGGAUCUAGAGACAAUCUGACGGCUGCUACCAGUUUUAGCACAAGGAACCCUAUACUGCAGUCCUCAGUGUCUUCACUCUCCAGUGCAAUGACAAGAGCACCAAGGACUUCCACAACCUCUCUGCAAGCUGAUUUAGCCAAUAACAAUGUCCAGGCCCAUCAAGCACUACAGGGCAGGGUGAGCAACGGCUCCUACAAAUCGCCUGGCCACCAGGUCCCAUCAUCCCCCACCGGGAUGCCUAGGUCCCCCUCUUACGGAGGCCCGAAGGCUGUCUCGUUUGUAAACACUGUGGAAAUCACAGAGGUGCAGUCGGUGGGAGCACAAAGGGAUGACAUGCAGCUGAAGACACCUCACAGUAAAAUAAAUGGACAGCCAAAAGGAAUAACCAGGCUGGGUUCAACAUCAAGUUCCCAGGGGACCCCUGUCAGUCCUGCGAGACACUCAAAUGUUAAGAAGGUGUCUGGUGUUGGUGGAACAACCUAUGAGAUUUCAGUGUAAAAUAAAAAUCAAAUAAAAAUAAAGAGCCAUCCACUCAGCCAGCCAUGAAGCUAGGAGCACUGUGAAGACUCAAAUAACAACAAAGAAGGAGCAGCAGCAGCCGGCCACUCUCCUUUCCUUGAUCUGGGUUUGUUUUGUUUCCAUCUUUCUGUUUUGGCCAAAACCCAGCUGCAGCCUUAUUCUUGCGGGAAGGAAACUGUACAGUCCAUCAGACUCUUCCCGAAUGGACAGGCAGGACCUGGCGACCACCGGCCACCACGACCACUGAGCGGAUCUCUUUCAUGCAAGAGUGAUAAAGCCAUGGGGUGUCCUAUCUGUCAGACCGACCUGUCGUGUGCCAGUUGUGCUGUGAAAGAGUCUGGUUAAUCUGGGAUCUAUGUUUCUCUCACCUCUUCUCCACCCUCCCCAAUUCUGUUGGCCUGUCUGGAAAGAGUCACGGGCUCGACCGCUACUUUCCUGCAGAUGCGGAGACCCAGCUCCUGCGCAGCCCACGCCGAUGAGAACCGCUGCGCACCCAGGGCCAGAAACAUCGUGCCGUGUUUGAAAGGGAGCAGGAGAAAAUCCAGCAGUGGGCUCUCGCUACCAGCCCCGGCCUGCCACACACACCCACGGACAAGGACCCCGACGCCAGUAAGGAUCUUCCAUUCCCACCUCUUGCUCCCUCUGGGUUUCAAAGGCUUCUCUGACUCCGAAACAAAACCAAGCGGAUAAGAAAUGAAAUGUUUGGAUGGGAACAUAUUUGCAACAGCCGUCAAGCUGCUUUUCCCCCGCACCCUCCUUAUUACCUAUUGGAUUUAGGCAAUAACGUAGUUUACUGCCUUGCCCCGGUGCUGUGCGUGUAAUCCUGCCGCAAGGUUGUCAUGAUCUGUUGAAUUUACAGUGUGUGUAACUGAGCCAAGCAUAUGUCUAGAGGAUAUAAAUUUGCUGCCUGCCUAAUGACUAGCACAUUCCCUCUGGUCUUCGAUACUGUUAGGCAAAGGUGUUUUUUUUCCCCCCAGGGAACAACUUUUUAAAAAAAAAAUCAAUCAAAUCUAUUUAACACUCUGAGGUUUUUUUUCCCGUCUCCAGAAAGCUGCAUUUACUGUGUUGGAUUUGAAGGCAACUAUUAUAAAAAACAAGAGAGCUACAUAAGUUUUACUGCAGAUAUCAAAACUCUGGUAAAGCUAAUUUUGGGACAAAUGUAUUUUUUUCUUUUCUCCACAACCCAUGUCUUUUUCCUUUCCAAUUACUUAUCACCUCAGAAAUCAAUAGUACUGAGAUCUGGACUAACAAUAACUAACCAGACCAUGUGUGCAAUUAAGAACAUCCUGAGCGACUGUUGCCAAAGUCAGUUAAAAUGAUUACUUAUCACUGAGCCAGUUAGCAUAUGAAACCUCUGCUUCCCACCUGGUUCUUCUAGUGAAUGGUCUUUACCAGAGAGUUAAAUUCAUCAUUUUUCAGGAUAUUUGUUUCAAAGUGUUGAAUCCUUUUCAGUCCUUGACUGUGAUGGAGACAUCUCCAGAUACUAGGUAGCAAUUCAGAACGUAUUGGUAAUAUCUUACUUGUUUUCAUGAGUGACGAGAUUAAUUAUACCAGAAGGCAAAUAUUGACCUCAGUUUUCCCUGGUUUACCUUUUGAUGCGAUAAAUCUUGACAUCUGCUGCAAUAUCGGCUUGUUAUGUCCCGUAUACAUGACAUCAUUUUUGGGAAGGAAGGUUGUAGAGAACAUAAGGAAGUUAAUCCUCUGUCUGUGUAAUUCUCGACACUGUCUAAAGGGAGAAACCUGGAAAGCAGUGCAGCUGAAUUGGGCCAAUAGUUAUGAGAGAGUCAGCCUGAAAUCAGUGUGCAUUUUGUGGCCUUGGCAGUUUUAAAAUGCCUACUGUGGGGACAUUGCAGUAGGCAGAGCCGUUCACUUGCAUGUGGAAUAUUGUCUAUAGUUAGAGACAUGAUAGGAGCAGAAAGAUGCUGCUCAAAGAUGCUGGCAAGCUCGAUCAGGUACAGAGGGAGCAAUGUAUAUUAAAAGACUGGACAGGCUGAUUUAUGAGAAGAUUUACAGAAGAUUUAAAGGGCUAAAAAGAUAUCACUGGCUAAGCAAUGAAGUGGAAAAUGAGUAUAAUUUUAGUUAAAAGAUGUAAAACCAAAGGAAAAUCAAAUGGUUGUCACUGAUUACAGAUGGGCUACAUUUAGAAAGGGGGAAAAAUAUUGCACCUAGGAGGGGAAAAGGCAGUAGAAGAGUCUUCCAAGGCAGAGUAUUGGAGACUAACUAUUUAGGACAGUUGGACUAUAUUUGGGCAAAUCAUUAACAAUUUUUCAGGAAGAGGUAAGCUUGCAGGGGCAAGGGGCUAGACCGAAUGGCCUUAUAGUUUUCUUCCAUCUUUAACUGUUAUUAAUCUGCAACUCCACCCUGACGUGAACUCCUCAGGAAGGUGCAGUACUUCUUCAAGGACUGGAAUUCUCUCUGGUGCGUAGAGUAACACAAGACUUGCCUGUUCUUAAAGUAUCAUGUAUGCCAUAUCUCAGCCCUCUAAAAGAGGGAGUAAGUGACAUACUGAAUUCUGGCUAGCGGUCCAGACAAGGGCACGUUUUAUCAUGUGUCUUUGAACGCGUACAUGAAAUUCAUGCAAGCGAGACUAAAAAUUUGCACCAAUGUAAUAUUUGAGAUUUGCAUCCCAGUGAUGCUCCACUUUGAGCUUUCUUUCUCCUGCAGUUAUAAAAGAAAAAGCUACUGAAGAACUUGAAGGGGCAAACAGCCUUUGAAGUUAACUACGGUAGUUCAUGAAAGAAUUUCUCAGUAAGACUAAACACAGUACUGUGUGUAUAAAGCACUAAUAUCCAGGGUUGUUUUGACAUAGUUCACAAGGGGCAGGGGAGGAAGAAAUGAAUGCACUGUGUCAUUACAGGUUCAGAUGCAAGAAUUAUAUAUUUUGUGAGUAGUUUUGCCCACAGUUUGAAACGCAUCCGAUAUGGUAAUAGGUUUACAAUGGUACCAAAGCCUUUUUUUUUUUCCUUUGAGGUUUGCAUAUAAUUCAGUG